UGCGCCGCCCCUUCCUUGCAAGGCUCAUGAGCAGCUCGAAGCAGCACGAGGACGAAAUCCAGGAGAGGAAGGAGGAGCUGUAUGAUCUGAUAUCUCUGACGGAGAAUUAUCCCCUUACUGACUAUCACAACAGGCUCCUGCUCCGGGAACUUUCUGCACAAGUCGUGCCUAGACCAGCUGACCCUAAAUGGCGCUUCAUGCGUGCAGCAAAACGUUUUAACAAUGUGAUAAGGUCAGUUGGGAUUGCCGUUGGCUUGGUUAUAGGUGGUGCUUCUGUUAAAGUGCUGCUCAGCUUGGAGGAGUUCUCACAGCGGAUUCUCAAGGAACAUAAAGAGGAGAAGAAGGCUGGGAAGGAGAAGCGGGUGGUUUUUUCUUGAGGGAGAACCAAGGAUGGCAGAUGUCAACCUGUUUCCCAGCACUAUGUUAUUGUAACUAUGGUACUUUUUAUG